AUGCCAACAUAUGUAUCUGCUACAGAUGCAUUAACAUUUGCUGAUUUUGUACGUAUUUUACGACCAAUUAUGAUGGAAACAUAUGUUGGGAAUAAUUUGCGAGAAGUAUUUAAUUUACUUGAUAAAGAUCAAUCAGGUGGAAUUGAUAUUAAUGAAUCAUGUGAUGUUUUAUCAAUUAGUCGUUCCAAUUUUACUAAGGAAACAUUAUUACAUUAUGUAGGUAAUGUUGGUAUUAAGACAAGAUAUUGUAUGUGA